ACGAUUGUCGUUUCGGUGUUCUCAAGUGCUCGUCUGCGGAGGAGCAUAGGGUGUACAGGGAUGUCACAUAAGACAAGAGCUUAAUUUUAAUACACAGAAACAUGAAUUAUCAUGAAAUAUUACUUCAUUUGACAACAAUUAAUCCCAAUGAAAAUGAGAUUACAGAUUUUGAUAAUAGGCUGCAACAAAUUUUGCAAAAAAUAGAACCGAUGUUAACGGAAAAUGCUAAAAAAUUUGUGUUUAAUAACAUUGAAAAUGAAAAUGAUAUUAGGUAUCAAUAUAUAUGUACCUUUAUAUGUGUAUUACAAAAUAUGAAAAUAGCUGUUUCUACAAAUAACGACUCCCUCUUUAGUGUUAAGGAAUUUCAUACUUUAAAAGUUUGUAUAGAAUUUGUAAUUGCAAUGGGAGUUAUACCUGGUCUUUUACCUGGUGUUGGAGUUAAUACAGUUCAGUUAUGUCCUAAACCUUUGCAAAUGUACAAAAAAAAUCUAACAGAUUUACAAAAAUAUAGAAGAUUGCAGUUUACAGUUAAUUCUCUUAUGGAAUUAUAUGAUGAAAUUAUGUUUCGUUCUGCGAUACUUGCACAAAUAGGUCCAUUGAUAGCUGCUCUUUUACAAUUAUGUCAUGCACCAUUAAUGAAACCAUCCAAGAAAUGUGUAUCAACCAAUGAAGAAAUUACAGGGAAAAACAAAUUUAAAAUGACUCCAGAUUUAUAUGAUGAAUUAAUAAAAGAUCAAGAGCACUUUAAAUGUUUACUUCAUCGAAUGCUAACUAAUUGUCCAAGGUCUAUCAGUAUGAAAGAAUUGAUGGUAAUUCUUGGUAUUAAGGGAGCACCAAAGUGGCUUCAAUGUGAAACUCGCAAAUAUUUAGUACAGCAACUUAUGCAAUGUAACGGAGUUGUUUCGAUCGUAGCUGCUAUUUGUGAUGAUAACUUAGACUUUGGAGAAGAUUGGAAUAAAUUAGAUACAAUUUCCAAAUUAAUAGCUACAUCGCAUGGGAAUAAUUCAGAUGAAUAUUACAAAUCUAUAUGCCUACAAUUACUGGAUCUUCUAGUGUCAACACAAGUCAAACAUUCAACAACAAUAGCAAACUGCUGCAUUACAGCACUUUAUGAAUAUAACCCUAAUGUUUGUCGUAAAAAUAUUGUAGAAAAAGUAUGUGAUCCAUUACUUGUAAAUUCAAAAAAUGAACAAGAGAUAAUGAAAACUGAGGAUGAAGUUGUAAAAUGCAUAGAAAAUUUAAUGAAAUGUUUUAUAACUGUGGAAUCUAAAUUUAAACAACUACCUUGCAGACUUUUAAUGAACAUAGCUGUUCCUUUGUUUAGUUUGUACAACAAUGUUAGACAAAGUGCUUGUGUAUUGAAAUCUAAAAUAAAACAGCUUAUAUUAUUACUUUUACAUGACGAAUCAUCUAGAAAUGAUCUUUUUGCUGCAUUUCUUGGGUACACUUUCACUAAUAAUUUUGGUAAUCGUUUGCUAUCAAAAUUUGGCCCAACGGGUGGAAUUGAAAUUGUAGGAAUAGACAAUGCUUGUAAAUAUGAAGAAUUUGCAGACAGUUUGUUCGAUUUAAUAUGCAAUGAUGAGAUACUAUCGAUUGAAUUAUUCAUAUAUUUAUUAAAAUUUCUAUCAAGAUCUAUAGAAGAAUUAGAUCAGGAAAAAGAAGAUAAACAUUUAUUAGAAACUGAGGAUGGUAAAAUGGAAAAGAUUGAAGAACAAUUAACAGCUGUGAAACUAUUAUCAAAUUUAGCUAGCAUGUCUACUGUGCAAGAAGCACAGAUAGAAAAACCAAAACCAAUAAUUUCUUUCAUAAAAUCAUUAUUUAAUCAGUACAUUAAAGAAAGACACAGUUUAUCGGAAGAAGAUGAUUGCGAGAUUUUAUACGUCAGUUUAAUGUUGGUAAAAAUGAUUCUAAGCGAAAGAAAAAAACCCCUCGAUUCGUCAGCAUUUACUGAUUUUGUAAAAUUCUUGAAGGAAUGUUGUACUUUUUCAAACAUUUCACCUCAAUUGUUAUUAUUAACAAAAGAGUUGAUAGAAUUGUUCAAUAGUCAAGGUAGAUCAGAGCAAAGAUAUUAUCAGGAUCUAUCAGUUGAUAGUAAACUAUCGAAUAAGUUUGAAGAAGCACUCAAGGAUCUUACAGACCCAUUAUUACCUGUACGUGCACACGGGCUUAUAACUAUUACCAAAUUGAUUGAAAAUAUGGAUCCGUGUAUUACUACUAGCAAAGCGAUUCUCUUACAACUGUUUGAAGAAAAUUUAAAACAUGAAGAUUCAUUUAUAUACUUGGCAGCCAUUAACGGACUGUGUGCUUUGGCCAAUUCAUAUCCACAGGUAGUUAUAGAAACAUUAGUACAGGAAUAUAUUGAUAUGCCGCAGCGUCUUUCAACUGGAGAGAUAACAGUAGAAACUAGGAUUAAACUGGGAGAAAUACUUGUAAAAGUGACGAGAGCUUUAGGUGAAAUGACGACGGCUUAUAAAAAUAUUUUAAUAAACGGAUUCUUGUGUGCUACACGAGAUUCAGAUUCUUUAGUGCGUGCUUCUAGUCUUUCUUGUUUAGGUGAACUGUGCAAAAUAUUAGGCUUUCGAUUAGGAAAUAUCGUUAUUGAGGUAAUUUAUUGCAUUAGCUGUAUUGUCAGAACAGACAAAGCCCCCGAGUGUCGACGAGCUGCAGUAAUGGUUAGCAGUUUACUACUUCGUGGACUUGGACAGGAUACCUUAACUAGUCUCGGUAAAGAUUUGGUCGAUUUGUAUCGUGGACUGAAAUAUUUACGGGACAAUGAUGACGAUCCAGUGUUACGUUUACACGCGCAACUUGCUCUGGAAGAAUUAGAUCACAUAGUGCGAAACUUUCUCUUUUCUUCUCCAAAACUUGAAAAAGGAAUAUUUUUAUUAGGUUCGCCCUAA